GGAAUUUCCUGCCGGGCCUAUGGUUGCGGGAGUGAUUAUAAACAGCUUAAAAUCCCUUUUGAGGUGGGACAAAGGUGGCCGCUACUAUAUAUGGCUCAGUGGACCCACUGCCAUAAUAUCACUACGUAUGCUUCCCCACGUUUUUCUGCCGCUCACCUCACUGCCAAACCCAUUUUUGCUCACCCUCAUUGCAAAACCAUUUCUGCUUCCUUGCCAAAUCCAUUGUCGGUGCCAAUACGAGAUUAAGAACCCUACAUUUCUGCUUACUUGGGUUUCGAGCAAAGGAUUAUGGUUUUCAGACCAAUUUGUGCUUCAGAUGGUGUUGUAUUCGACAUUGAAUAUUCCAUAUAAAGUUCACAAAGCCAAUAAAAGUUGAGGUGCCUGUCUCCUGAUAAAAAGACAUGAUAAAACAGGCAGAGUCACCUGAAAGGUCAAAAGUAUUAGAAAUGAGUGAUCUUGAAAAAGAUGAGACGCCAAUGCUUUCAGACGCUUAUUCACAAUAUUUGGAUAAACCUAGGGUUUCUCACUCGGAUAGACUUACCUCUAGAAAUCGGAGUGCAUCCAGUUCCAUUCCUAUGAACUCCAUGGAGUCCUAUCAAACUGAAAGCAACCUUGUAAAUCAUACUGGUCCCUUGAGGAAUGAAAAGAAAACUCCGUUCAUACCAAUGAGUGGCCCACUGUUAAAAUCUGAGGGUUUUUUCCCACCUACUCCUGGUGUACGGGGCCACAGAAAGGCAGAGCCAAGGGCAGAAAAAUUUCCUUCAUUUAAUGGAAUGGAAUGGAAUAAUUGGCCCCAUAACAACUAUGCUGGAAAAAAUGAACAUCUUCUGAGGUCUGGACAGUUGGGAGUAUGUAAUGAUCCUUACUGCACAAUAUGCCCAACACAUUUCAUUGACUCCAGACAGCAAAGGAACUCAAAGUUUCAUAAUGCUUUCUAUGGAGAUGCUAGAGGAUGGGCAAGGAGAUUUUUUUCUUCUCUACAAUCAUAUGUUCCUGGAAUCAUGAACCCUCAUACUAAAGUUGUUCAACAAUGGAAUAGAUUUUUUGUCAUUUCUUGCUUGUUGGCAAUUUUUGUAGACCCUUUAUUUUUCCUCUUGCUGUCUGUGCAACAGGAAAAUAAGUGCAUAAUUAUUGACUUGUCCCUGACAAAAACAAUUGUGGCUUUCAGAAGCAUGACUGAUUUCAUUUACUUGUUGAACAUGCUUCUACAGUUUAGGCUGGCCUAUGUUGCUCCAGAGUCUAGAGUGGUUGGUGCCGGCGACUUAGUUGACCAUCCAAAAAAAAUUGCUAUCCAUUACCUUCAUGGAUAUUUUUUAAUUGAUUUAUUUAUUGUUUUACCGCUUCCUCAAAUCAUGAUUUUGCUGGUCCUACCCAUGUCCUUGGGAUCAUCUGGCGCAAAUUAUGCAAAGAAUCUUUUGCGCACAGCAGUUCUUGUUCAGUACAUUCCCAGGUUGUACAGGUUUCUCCCUUUCCUCGCUGGCCAGUCUUCAAGUGGUUUCAUAUUUGAGUCAGCAUGGACGAAUUUUGUUAUAAAUCUUCUCACUUUUGUGUUGUCUGGUCAUGUCGUGGGAUCAUGCUGGUACCUCUUUGGUUUACAGAGAGUAAAUCAGUGUCUUCGAGAUGCCUGCCAUGACUCCAAAAUCGAUAAGUGUAUGGAUUUCAUUGAUUGUGGUCAUGGGGACAAAAUCGGAGAUUUUAUGCCACUUCCAGGAUGGCCGCUCUGGAAAAGCAAUGAAAAUGCUAGUGCUUGUUUCAGUGAUGAUGGUUUCCCAUAUGGGAUCUACACUCAAGCUGUCAAUCUUACCACAAAACAUAGCAUUGUGACAAGAUAUACAUAUUCAUUGUUUUGGGGGUUCCAGCAAAUCAGUACUUUGGCUGGGAAUCAAACUCCAAGCUAUUUUCUUUGGGAAGUCAUUUUUACUAUGGCCAUUAUUGGUCUAGGCCUGUUGCUCUUUGCUCUUCUAAUUGGAAAUAUGCAGAACUUCCUACAGGCUCUUGGACGGAGAAGGUUAGAAAUGUCACUACGACGUCGUGAUGUUGAGCAGUGGAUGAGCCAUCGACGGUUGCCUGAAUAUCUUAGAAGGCAAGUACGUCAGGCAGAACGUUAUAAUUGGGCUGCCACCAGAGGGGUAAAUGAAGAGAUGCUAAUGGAAAAUUUGCCUGAAGAUCUCCAACGAGAAAUACGACGCCAUCUCUUCAAAUUUAUCAAGAAUAUCCACAUUUUUUCUAAGAUGGGCGAUUCCAAGAUGGGUGAUACGAUCUUAGAUGCCAUUUGUGAGAGGCUAAGACAAAAAACAUACAUCAUGGGAAGCAAAAUUUUAUGUCAUGGAGGUCUAAUUGAGAAGAUGGUUUUUAUUGUGCGCGGGCAGAUGUCGAGCAUUGGAGUUGCAACUCCUUUAGGUGAAUGGGAUGUUUGUGGUGAGGAACUUCUUGCUUGGUGUAUUGAGAAUUCUUCAGUGAAUAAAGAUGGUAAAAAAAUCAGGUUUCCAGGACAGAGAUUGCUGAGCAACAGGGAUGUAGUGUGUUUAACAAAUGUAGAAGCAUUUAUUCUCCGAGCUGCAGAUAUUGAAGAAGUCACGGGUAUUUUCUCAAGAUUUUUGCGGAAUCCAAAGGUUCAAGGAGCCAUAAGGUAUCAAUCCCCUUACUGGAGAACUUUUGCAGCAACCCGGAUUCAAGUAGUAUGGAGAUACAGGAAGAAGUGUCUGAGCCGUGCAAACACGUCCAAUACCCAGUUCAACAGCUUGUAGUAAGCUUCAUUGUUUGCAUGUAUACUAAUACUACACAUGAUGUUGUAUCUUGUAUGUAAUAGUAGUAGGAAACUAGGAGUUUUUUUAUUAAAUUCUAUGAACACUUCUAUUAGAUACUCCAUACACAUUAUGACAAAAUGACAACAUAAAUCGAGUAGAGUAGAAAUUCAUUCUAGAUUUGUAUGCACUGCUGGAUCUACCUGUUCUUGCUUUGUAUAGGCCGAGAGGUUAAAUUUUAAUCCUCUUUUGUAAGGUUUCAAGUCUGGUGCUAGAAUUCCUUUUGAAUGAUGGAAUUAGAGGCCUUUGGGGAGUGAUUCUAAAUACUUAAAAUGGGUACUGAUGGUUGGAAUA